AACGAAGCCAACAAGCCACAAACCGACCGCCUUUCGAAUCCUCAAUCAGCUCUCGGAAGUCAAUCGUCACACAGUGUCGGGUCCUACUAAUACUCUCGUAAUAGCUGCGUCUCCUAAGGAAAGAAAGCCAACAGAUACCAUAUUGGUACCAGCAAAAAGCCGAAAUGAAGCACUUUAAGACCAUCCUAGAAGCACUCAACCACCAUGCUGUGGAGACUCCUGACAAGGUCGUCUUCACAUGGGUCGACAUCAAGUGUGUGGAACAAAACAAGAUGACAUUCAAGCAGCUGGAAGACCAGUCCAAUGUUGUGGCGGCUCGCCUCCUCAAGCUGGGAUGCCAAAAGGGAGACCGGGUCAUGAUUGCCUAUCCCUUUGGUCUAGAGUUCUUGGCUGGAAUGUUUGGAGCCAUGAAGAUUGGAGUCAUCCCCUGUUCCAUCUAUCCACCAAAUCCCAAUCAGCUCAAGACAGAAAUGCCAAAGUUCCGUGGUUUUGCCAAGGAUGCCGGAGCCAAGUAUGCUCUCUCGACUAACGUGUUUGCUGCUGGAAUGACUGCAGCUAGCAUCCUCUACAAGACUGGAGUGAAGUGGAUUGGGACUGAUAAUCUACCAAUCAAGAAGAGCAACCCCAACAAGUCCAAAGAUUACGAGACAUUUGUGGGAAAAACUGAAGAAAUUUGCUUCAUCCAAUACACCUCUGGAAGUACGGGAUGUCCCAAAGGAGUCAUGAUCAGUCACAACAACCUGGUGGAAGACAUUUGGGCCAUUUCACGAGUAUUAGGCACAAAUGCUGUGGGAGCCUUGUGGCUCCCACAAUACCAUGACAUGGGACUUGUGUCGGGAUUUAUGAGCGCUCUGUAUGCCGGAGUUCAUGUUAUCAUGGCAUCACCUAUCGACUUUAUCAUGAGGCCCCUGUUGUGGACUGAUAUGGUAGAGACCUACCAAGCCACUCAUACUUGUGCUCCAAACUUUGCCUAUGCAUUGCUACUGAAACGGUUGAAACAGGCCAACAGAAAUGCCAACUGGAGUCAUGUCACUCAUGCUAUGUUUGCUGCGGAACCCACUCAGAGACAUGUAGUGGAGGAGUUGGCACAAACCCUUUCUAUCAGACGAGAACAUGUGUACAACCUCUAUGGUCUGGCUGAGGCUGUUGUGUUUCUCACAGGAGGACCUGCCUACCCUGACUCUGAUGGGGUCGUUUGCUGUGGUCCAGUAGACUCUCCAUCUGUCAAGCUUCGGAUAGUUGAGGAUGGAAAGGAGGUUGAAGAUGGACAAGUUGGGACUAUCUGGGUCCAGUCUCCUUGUGUGGCAGCUGGGUACUAUGGCCAGUCACAGCUGACUGCCUCUACCUUUGCCAACGGCUUGCCUGGUUACGAAGGCACCUGGCUGGACACUGGUGAUUUGGGGAGAGUUUUGAGUGGACAGCUCUAUGUAACUGGACGAGUCAAGGAUGUUAUCAUUAUCAAUGGAAAGAACUACUACCCAACAGAUGUGGAGCUCUCUAUUGAUGAUAUCUUUGGCGAUGUUAUCCGUCCAGGCCGGACAACUGCCUUCCAGUAUGGGGAGGAUAGUGUUGGUAUUACUGUGGAGGGCCGCAAAGGAUUUGUCAAGGCAGAAAAUGAAGACUUGGCUGUGCAAAUAUCCAACCAUGUAUCCCAAGUGCAUGGUCUUUUAGCUUCUGAGGUUUUGGUCCUAAAGUUGGGUGUGACACCCAAAACCACCUCUGGCAAGCUGAAGAGGAGUGAGAUCCGGCGGACCACGAUUGCUGGUGACUGGAAGGAUUCCUCUGUGUUUUUACAGUUCAAGCGUCUUGAAGGUGGUUGUGUGCCCGAGCUUGGGCUCCCUGACAUCGACCUUAGCCAAACAAAUGCCCUGCCCAGCAAAGCUGUCGAAGCUGUUCAUGUUGUAGUGUGCAACCCCAGCAAGUUGGAUGAGUACUUCGAUGAACUUCAUCUAGUUGGGGUCUCUGGCAUUGAAGAAGCGUGGUCCAUUGCCAUCAAGACAACAGCUGCAAUGCAAGCCAUGUGCUCCCAAAUCCUGAAGCAUCUUGAGGACAAGCACCCAAGCAUCUGCCAGCUUGCUGAUACCUUAUGUGAAAAUCCAGACUGGCUUUUGAUUGAGGACAGGACAGAUUUCCUUUUACAACUUGUGCACCAAAUCCUUGUCCUGGAAUGGGUGACAACCUUCAUGAUGGAUAACCCAGAGUGUAUGCAACAAAAGUUACAGAACGAUGCUGAGUGGGAAAACACACAUGAGACUACUCAGAAAGUCCCAACCGAGCUACAAGAGAUGCUUGACCUCCCAGACCAAGACCCCAUUUAUGGGAAGUUGCCAUUCUUCCAUUGGAUCAAGAGUAGGUCAGUUGCUGCACUACUGAAACUUGUCCUACAAAGUUUGGGAUCAGCUGAAGGCCAAGCCAUUAAUGCCCAGGUUGAUAGAAUCAAUGACCUCUUGUGUCUAAACAUGUUUGAGGCUGUUUGGGUUGAGCAAAAACAUGGACACAAGGAAAACUCAGAAGUUGGUAGGAGACUUGCUACAAAUCCUGUUAUGACAGCCACAACCCAAUCCAAGAAGGUUUUGAUGCAGCAUGCAUCCAAUACAAGUGCUAUGAAUAAUCUGUACAUUGAUUGGCAAAUGCAUAUUGUGGCCUGGGUUGGAGACAGAAAUGCUUCCAGCUGGAUGGUUUCCAAAUUGCUGCUUCCCUGCAUCAUCGGAGAUGUCGGCGCAAAUUUCUUCUCUGCAAGGUUGAUUAGUCUCUACCUGGUUACACAGGUCACGGGAAGGAAGCUGAUGCCGAACAAGUUUCAUAAUGAACCGAUCCUGUCAAGAAGAGCACUGCAUUAUUUUGGAAAGCUAAACCUAUCCUGUGCAAAAAAGUUUGGAUACACCCCACUGGCUCCAAAUAGCAAACAUCAGCUUGCUCUUGAUGAAGAAAACUGGAUGUCCAAAUUUGACCAGUGGGGGUUGGCUGACCAUCCAGCUAAGGCAAGCACUGCAGACUCCAGGUUGCAUGAUACUAGAGUUUCUGACACUGUGGGCUCAGACAAAGUGUCUGCAGCGAUAAUGUCUGUGUUUGGGUCUCAUGUUGACACAUCCAAGACUUGGGCAGAAAAUGGACUCACAUCCCUCAAGAGUGCCGAGCUGAGGAACACAGUAGAGGAACAGUUGCAUGUGGUACUCCCAGCCAACUUUGAACAGCUUUACCCAACACCGAAUGCACUCGCAUUGUUCGUGUCAGCAUCAGAGAACAAGAGUUUUCCAAUAGAAGAAGCUUGCAAUUACUCCAAUCUGCCGAAUUUGCCAAGAUCUAGGCCGAGCAAGCCACAGCUUGGAAUACUGCAAGCUCUGGGAUCAGUGAUGAUUAUCCUCCUGUUUCUUAGCUCCAUUCUUCCUUCCUACUUCCUUGCCUCCUGGGCAAUGAACCACUGUGAAUCAAACAAAGUUGGGGAGUGCAACAGCCCAGUUGUUUGGAUUCUUUUGCCCAUGUCCGUCCCUCUGUACCUGAUCUCUUUUUCUGUCAUUGUGGUUUUCUGCAAGUAUGCAGUCAUUGGAACCUAUUUGCACAGGCAAAUUGAACUCUUGUCUUGGGGCUACCUUCAAUGGUGGUUUCUUGACAGACUUUUGGAAGUCUGGGAGUACUUUGUGGGGCGGUUUAUUGUGGAGACAAAGUUCAUUUGGGUCUUCUACUGGCUUCUUGGGGUCGACCUGGCAUGGAGCACAAGGAUUGAAUCCUUUAUCCGCGAAUUUGAUCUUGUGACCAUUGGGGAAAACACUGUCAUCAGCCACCCUAUAAAGUGCAGGAAAUUCUCCCAAUCAACAGAAACAGGCCCAACAGUUACAUUCCGACCAAUCAUUAUUGGAAACAGCUGUCAAGUGUCUGGGAUGGUCGGUCUGGGUGCUUCCAUUGGAGAUAACAGCAAGGUGGAGAAACUAUCUGUUGUUGAAGAAGGGGCUCAAGUGCCAGAUGGUGUACUUGCCAGAGGCAAUCCAGCAUGCCAUUCUGGCAUAUUUGAGCCUUCAGAAUCAUGGUACUGGGAAGAAAAUCUGCUGGAUGCCUUCAAGAUAGAUUGGCUUUUCCUUGAAGCGUAUCACUACUUUGCCCUGUCCUUCCUUGUGCAUACCACACUCAACAAAAUCUUGCCCUCUUGGCGCUAUGCUGCCAUCCUCCAUUGGUUCCUGCUUUUUUUUGUCACUGCCCUCCUUGCCCUCAUCACCAGCAUUGCACUUAAAUGGCUUCUGAUUGGGAAGAGAAAGCCAUCAGAUGAAUACGGUGGUUCACUAUAUCGCCGGGCAACCAACUGGGCCUGUGACUUCCACUUCCGUGUAGCUGCUCGGACUCUUACACCCUUCAUUGGUGUAACCAAACUCUGGCAUGUCAUUCUCUUCCUUCAUGGUCUUGAUGUUGAUUCUGAAUCGCUUCUCAAUAACCCAUACAUAAUCUUCUUCCCGUCCAAGGUGGACUUUGUCAAGAUCCGCAAGUCUUUUGUUGCGACGAUCUCUCUUGACUUCAGGAAGCAAUCAACCUCCAAGAUUGAGAUUAUCAAAAGCAGCAUUGGUUAUGGUGUCAAUCUGCAUGCUGGUGUCAAGAUUAUGCAGUCCUCAAUCCCGCCAAGGCUGGAUGUGGCUGGUAAUGUCUACGAUUUGAACCCCUCAGGUCGGGCCUCGCAACCCAGCAUAUUUAUGGACUUUGUCCUCCCAGAAAUCACGCAGAUAUUCCUGGCUGUGGUGCUGUUUGCCUCCCUCAUACCUUCCUAUGAGCUUGGACUUGCUUUCAUGAACAAUGCAACAACUGGUGUGGCUGUUUUUGUUCUUCUCGUGGCUGUCCUUCUGCAGUUGUUUGUAUGGGUUUUAUCCUCCCGAGUUUUUGAAGCAAUACAGUUGAAUCUUCCAACUGGUGUUCAACUGAGAACAUUUGGAGCUUAUAUCACGAAUGUUUGGUUUUUCCGGGUUCAAAACGUGUUGGAACUACUGCUUGCCGGGACCCCGAUGUUUACCUACUAUGCGCGCAUGCUGGGAGCUGAAGUGGAAGGGGAUCUCUGGUACUUUGGUAAUGCUCUCUAUGAGUGUGGAAAGCUUCACUUUAAAGGGUGCACAAUAGUGGACAACGCCCAUGUGAGUGCCCACUACAUUGAUCGCAAGGGGCUAACCAUUGCUGGCACCCAUGUUUCUGGAGUGCUGCAUCCAGGAUGUUAUGCAUCUGCUGGCUCAGUAGUAUCCUAUGCCGAACAUGGUCCAUGGAAGGUCUUCUUGAGAAGCGAUGCAGCUGUCAAGGACUCAAACCUUGUUUUGAGUGAGUGUCGCCAGAGUACCACAGAUUUGUUCAUUGAUGAGAGCCCAAGGGCUUGUAUUUUGAAUCAUGUGGUACCCGAUGUGUAGCAUGGUAAUAUGGAUAAGAAUUGGCCAUUGAGCUGGGUCGUACAUUUUAUAAUCAACCACUAGAAGUCACCGGGUCCUAGGAGCCAAUUUUGGGCAAGUCACAAGUUCAAAGGGCAUGGAAGGAGAUCCAGCUCUUGAUGUGUAGCCAAUAGAGCAGGAAAUGCGCUGGCUUCCGUAUAGAUACCCCCUCCGCUAUAGCUUCUGUAGAUAGCUAUCCUACUCUAAACCCCCAAUUCCCUACUCUAGACCCCUCUAAUCAAAUAUAUUGUGUGCUUGGUACGGCAGUCUCUCGAAAUAGCUCUAUCAACA